ACACGAAUGUUUAUUAUUAUUUUCCUCGCUGACGUCGCGACGACGAAUAUGUUUUUCUCGACUGCGAUGAUGACGCAUCAACGUGUGGGUUGGCUGGGAAACGGGUUUCGAUCAUCGGUGAAAAGUCGCGAAAAUGCCGCUGCUCGUUCGUACCAAGAGUGACUCAGUGAGAGCUGAUCGUCACGAGGGGGUUCGAGGUGGAUUUUCUGGACGAAAAAACUGGUUGUAAUGGCGCUGCUAUCGCGGCAGAUGGUCGUCAAGGUUCCAUGUUUGCUUAUUUCUCGUUUGUUUUUGUUCCAUUGAUGGUGAAUGACGUCGCUUCGUUUGUGUCUGCGAUCGUCUCUUCGUCGCCAGUUUGUCAAUCGAGCGAGUCGAAUCACUGCCGAGCCGAGCAGUCAGUGUCGCAUUGAAAGGGAACGUGGAAUGUUCGUGUACCAGAGCGUCGUAAACAAUGAAUGAGUCGUUCAAUGGAACCUUGGUGGCCGAUAAUGGUAUUCAUCAGACGGAAUUGUUGUCAAUCGAGUCGUUGGUGAACGAGUUCUACCAUCCGGGUACGUCCAAUGCAAGAAAACACACGAUCGAAGGUCAGCUACAGCAGUUUCAGCGAACGCCACAUGGUUGGGCGCUGUGCCUGCAACAUCUGGUGCAGUUCAACAAUCAGUACUUUUGGUUUUUCAACGUCUCGACUGUGGAAGUGACCAUCAGCCAGCGCUGGGUAUCACUGGACGAUGCCCACCGAGCACAAAUCCGGGACGCACUUUGGGCGACCUAUGCGGGGUUCUCGCAUGACAUUCCGGGAAUGCAGCGAGACAAGGUCGCCCAGUUGAUCGCCUUGAUCGGGAAACGGCAGUUCCCGGAAGAGCACCCGGAUUAUAUGAAUCAGGUACUGGAACUACUGAAAAGUAAGUUCAUCCUAGGCGUAACGCUGCUGCGAUCGACCUCGGAUGAAAUCACCAGCACAAAGGCCGACAUCACAACCGAUCGACAAAAGUACCUGUCCUACUGCGUUUCAAUGUAUCUCCCGUCGGUGUUCGAAAUCCUGGAGAAGUACGCUGAACUGUGCAUCACACGAACUAGUUGUAAGAACGGAAUAAGCUUGGCACAUUUGCCGCCGCCAUUCGGGGACGACUCGCGCGUCGAGCAAGCCACCAUGGAUCUGCUGUUGUGCGUUCAGCAAAUCUUCUCCUGGGCACCCCUCGAUAACAUUACGGAGCCGCAUUUCUUCCAGAGUUUGUUCAUGCUGGCCCGUUGGAACGAAACAUUCAACGAUGUGUCCAUUUCGGCUCUGACGACGAUUUCGGAACUGUUCUAUCGGCAGAAACCGCUUCCGCUACCGACGGUCAUAGCUACCGGGGUGAUUGAUCUCCUGCAGCAGCCAACACUCAAACUGUCCAAUGAGUUGUACCAGGACAAGCUUACCGAACUGUUGCGACUGUUCACCUCGCAGCAGUGGGCCAAGUGGAGCAAAGAUCCCCACUUUCCGGCCAUGUCGUAUCUGAACUCGCUGUUUCAGUACACGUUCUACGGUUAUGGGGCGUUGGCAUUUACCGAGCGGUUGAUGAUUUGGACGCCGAUUGUGCAGAGCUUUGCAGCGAUGGCCGAGAACGGCGCGGUGAAUAAGCAUAGCGAUAAGCUGUUGUCGCUAGCUUCGGGAACCAUGAAGCGGAUGUUGUUCCAGUACGACUUCGAUCAACAGCUGGAUAUGCUGGACAAUGAGGAAUUGGAUGAUGAUAACGAAACCGAGUUGCAGCACUUCUUCAACCAGUGCAUCGACACGAUCGCCCUCAUUGCCGAGAUCGAACCCAUCCGGGUGUACGACAUGGCGUUCUCCGAGUUCGCAUCGGAUGCCAGCGGUCCGUACGGGCAAGUCCUAUCCACGGUGGGCGGAAUGUUGCUCAACGGAUCCAGUUACAUCGCCCCUAGGCCCGCCCUACCGCUGCUGGACGAAGAAAGCCGAUCGGCGCUACGCUGCAAGUUCCGUGAUUUCAUCUCGUUGUGCCAAAUUAUCGCCCGUGUCAGUCCGUUGCUGCACGAGCGCUCGGAAAAGAUCAGCGCCUCGAUCGGACGGAUGAUCGAGGAUCUGGUCAAACUGGUGGAGAUGGUGUCCAGUGCGUCGGGAGAUCCACUGGAAUACUUCUUCGCGAACUUGCAACCUUUGGCCGGCGAGCUGGCGGAUGUGAUCGGCCAGACGCUGAUCACUUUGCGAAGUCUACUGGUGGUAACGCACAUUCCAUUUGGGGAAGCUGAGAUGAUGCAUUUCGUCGGUUGCAUUCCGAGGUUUCUAUCGCCUCCGCAGAAGGUCAAACGGGACCAGCUGAAGACGCUGACCAGUGCAGCGGCUCAGCUGUUGGUCAGUGUCAGUGCCAAUAUGCGACCGAAGUACCUGGUCCAGCUGAUCAAGCCGCUGGUGCAUAGUGAUUUAAGGCAUUUGGAGCGAUCGACGGCGCUAACGGUGCGGUUAGCCAUCUGUAACUGCUUCGUGCUGCCGUGGACGGGCUGUUCGGCGGCCGAGCAGAACUUCGAAGGUCGCGCCGCUCUUCUACAGGAAUAUAUUGCAUUUAUAGCCGGUGAUUUGAUUAGGUUAGACUUGGGCCAUACGUUUAGCAGUAGUAAUCCAUCGUUGGACUACGGUCAGGAGGAGAAGAUCGUGACGGUGGCAACGAUCGUACUUGGCACCUUGCGGGAUCUGCUGGAGUAUUACCAGGAGCAGAGCAGUUCCGUCAAGCAGAUGCUAGCGGCCGCCUACAGACCUGUGAUAGAGAAAACGCUAGCCAUCUACAGUGCGGCCAGCAGUAAAAAUUGCGUGCUCAUCGAGAGGAUCUUCGAAUUCUGUCUGGGGAUUCUGAGGACCUUGCAGGUUCAGCUGGGUCAGAUGUUCCUGAAGAAUAUCAUCCUGCUGUUCCUGGGAAACACGAAAACGGAACAAAUCGGCUCGCAGCGCUUCCGUUCGCUGGAUAUUCUGCUCAAAAUGUUCCUUCUUAUCGUCGAACAACCGGGCAAUGCUUCGCUGCUGCCGGAUAUCUUGAACUUUUCAAUCGAGCACGUACUACCGAUGGUGUUCUCGAAUGAGUACACCGGCAAGAGUGAUCAGAGUGGCCAUGCCGACGUUAGUUUAUCGCUGUAUCAGCUGUUCAAUGGAAUACUGUUGCAGCGGUGGCAGUACUUCUACAAAUCUACCGUACUGAAGCAGUUCACCCCGAGUUCGUCGGGGAUCGUUCAGCAUCCGCAGUCGGCCCUGGAACAUCCGGAUCAGUUUGCGGCCAUCAUGAAUGCGUACGGUCAGGCGAUCGUAUGCGGUAACGAUCCCCAUGUGACGCGUGCCACUCUACAAUCGCUGGAGGCGCUGAACGACCGGUGGAAGCUGUACCAGAGGGAAUUUUUCCGUGAGAAUCUUCUGCAAUCGUUCGAGGCGGCCAUUAUCAAGGCGCUGGCGGCGCCGGAGGGAAUCCUACACUACGAGUUGUUUCUGGCGGUGCUGUUCAGUAUGGGCCAGGUGGAUACGAAACGACUGCACGAGACCUUUACCGGGAUCGGGUUUCCGGCGGAAUCACAACAGGUCGAGGAGGUCUGCUUGGCUACGGACUACCCAACUUUCGCUCAUCGUAUGAACCAGCUGAUACAGGACACCAAAUGCUGUCAGCUGAAUAAUUCCGCAUCCUAAUCCCAAAAUGCCAUGUAGACCGGCAUCUGGUCGUAUUCGUCGUCGUCAUCGUCUUCAUUAUUCUCGUCACAUCGUGUAUCGUCGUCAGCCAUCAUCGGAACGGACUUUAAAUUUACAUCGUAAUCUACUAACUCUCUACAAUAUGUCUCUCAUUCACAUCUCCCACAAGGAAAAAUUUCCCAGUCGAAGUCGAGAAGCAAAAAAAAAAACCAUCAUAUUGGUUGAGAGAACCAAACUUUUACCAACAAA